AUGACUAUGUUCAAAGAGAAUAAAGUUAAUUCUCUAACAAUAAAUUUAAACAAUUUUAAGAAUUUGAAGGAUACCAGUGGAGUAGAACACCUGAUUCAAGCGGCUAAAGAAAGAGCUAGAAAAAGAGAAUUGGAUAGAUAUAAAACUGAUGAAGACUCGUUUCUCCUUGAAACACCAGAAAAACCGAAAAGUAGUAAAGAACAUAGAAGAGGAAUGAUCAAUGCACCUUGGCAUACAGAUCCAGAUGAAGGGAUUGGCUCAGAAAAGUACCAUAGGCGAAAUGGAAGGAUUGUAGACGAAACACCCAACGUACAACGUUUAAAGUCAAGAUCUCAAAGUAUCACUCAACAGGAUUUCCCAAGAUACUCUGCUCAAGAACUAAAAGAAUGUAGACAAAAAGGAAGUUAUUAUGGGAAUAAAGAGUCAAUGGAAUGGUCAUUCAAUCAACAAGAUGAUACGAAUAAUGGAACAGGUGAAAAUGGAUCCAGCUAUCAUAGAUCGUCUGCAGUUAUUGGUCAAGGUUUUAUAGAAAGAUAUGGAUUAAAAACGCCAUCAUUAUAUAAGAAGAAAAAUAAUGAUGAGCCGGUAGCUGCAUCUGCUCUACGCAACAGUCCAUAUGCAUUCCAUGGUUAA